AUGAGCAAGACCUCAAAAGUUACCUCUUACUAGAGACCUAUUUAAACUUAGCAAUCAACCACUGCAACCUUGCAUACUAGUACUUCUAGGUCUCCAUAAAAGAAGAAGCCAGUGUCUCCUACGAAGGUUACUCUCUAUAAUAGAGCCACUGCCUAACAAAUAAUCCCUCAGUAGCCUUUAAUGGCCAUGCAUUCUAUCACAUCUUCUGCUAACUCCUCAACUAUCCUUAUGUCUACUCAUUUCGAAAACUUACCUGUCUACAAACAUGAUGAUAAUCUUGAUUUCAAUGAAAUGAUUUAAGGGAUGGGCCCACUUCUCGAAGAAGAAAAUGAAGAUUAAAAUCAUAGCAAUCAAAAUUUUCUUAACUAUGAAAUGGAAGAUGAAGCUCGAUUCACUGAAAGUGCUUACUACUCUGAGAAGAAACCUGGUCCUAAUGCUCCAAAUCAGACUACAAGUUUUGCUCAUUCAUUAAUUAAGUCCCAUGUUGCUGAAAUUAUUAGCACAAAUUCUAUGUAGCCACCUGUAUUUUACAACUAAUACUUUGGCAAUGAGGAGGAAAAAGAAUACGAAAACCUUAUAGUUGAAGAAGUCGAAAAACUUGAGAAUGUUUAAGUCUAUGAUGAUGAGACUCAGAUUUAUCAUCCAAUGGAAACCUCAGAUGUAAUUGACACUGAUUAAGGAAAUGUUCUUGGAAGUAAGACUAAUUUGAGGGAUCUAGGCCCUGCUUUUAAACAAAUCCAUGAAACUGGCUUCGAAAUUUAGCAUUCUGUCUACCCAAAUCGUUAUGGAAGUAAUGCAGUUGAUGAUCUGAUUCAUGAAGAAAUAAAAAUUCAGGAGAUGAAAUAAUCAGCAAUUAGUGGUGCAAAUAUACAAGAUGAAGAAAGUUAUGAAGAGUACAAAACAGAAUAUUCAGACAGAAAGAAUAAAAUUAAAAAUCUGGCUGAGGAGUUCUAGAUUAAUUAAUAAAAGAGAUAAAAAUUUUCAAUUCGUGCUCGUCAAUUAAUGGAAGAGCGAUACGGCUAAAGUAAGACUGUCACAUCCACUCAUAGACCUGAACUAUCAAAGGAAAUGAUAGAAAUUAGGAUGUUUAAAAAAAGUGUUUACUAUAAAGCGAUAGAACAAGCUGCUUUGCUGGGUGAAGAUAUGAUCAUUAGAGAUGCUUCAAAUGGCAAAUUUGAUCUUGAUUCGGACGAAGGCUAAACUAUUUGCAAGAAUUACCUCGGCACAAUUGAGAGAUUUUUCCUUAUUCUCCAGAUAAAGACCGCUAAUAGAUCGUAUAGAGAGAAAUUUUCCAAGGCUUAUAAAGUGCUAUAUACAGAGGAGUAACUUUGUUUCCUCACUGAAAUUUUGGAUUCAGCUCAGGAAGGUUUUCCGUACCUGUGGGUAAAUGGCGAAAAAUAUGUAUUUUCAAAAGAUGUUCUGGACAGCGGACAAGCUCUAUUCCUUCAUUUCUGCAAACUAAGAAACUUCAUUGGUAGUUUCAACAAGAGACUUGCCAAUGAUGAGAUAAGAGAGGUUAAAGUAUUAAAUGCAAAGAAAUAAAAAUUGGAGGAGAUGAUCGAGCUACUAGAUUAAAAAUGGACACAUUAUGAGUAAUGCUAUGUUUUUGAAUUAAUGGUCAUUGAAACUGAUGCACGUAGGUUUAUAGUAGAUGCUAUAUCGAUUGAGAAUGAAGUUUCAGACUUUGAGACUUCUCAAAAACAGAAAGGUGUAUUUUUCUUGUAACAUAGUAAAGAAUUCAAUGAUAUGCGUGAAAAACUUGUCUAAAAAAUGUGCGAAAUAAAUGCUGUAGCAAACACUUAAGGAAAGGGAAGAGAUGAUUUCAAGCUUGAUGUCCUAAAUAGGGCUGAAGAAAUAUAUAGGAAAAUUAGUCCCAAUCAAUCUUGCGCUGUAAGGAAACUGGCUGACUAGAUUAAACAAACCUUUCAUACUUUCAGAGUACUAAUUAGAAAAUACAACGAAAAUGUAGAAGUAGUGGAUCCUCAACUAAAGAAUAAUUCUGAAUUGGUUGAAGUAUUGAAUGAUUGGGAAAAAGCUUGGACACUUGGUAAAGAGCAUCUAAUGGAUAGCUUUAAGUGCUAAUAGUUGGUAGAAUUUAGUUAAGUUAUAGAGUCAACUGCAGAUAAACAUAAAUACUUCCAAGAGUAAUUAGAUUGUAAAGAAGCUGACAUUUUUAUGACGAUUCCAUGUCUUCUCAUAUUGAAAAGCCUUGAAGAUGAAACCUAAAAUAACACUAAUCAGCCAAUAAUGACUUAAGAUAAGAAUAUAUGCAAGAGAUUUUUGCCAUCCAUGUUUAAAGAAGGAGAAGAGAACACCAAAAAAUACAAUGAGCUUAAGUCUGAGUAUACAAGAUUGAAAAAUUAGCACUGUGGCAUGACUUCUUUUAUUAUAAAAUCUAAUAGUCUGAAAAAUGGUAAAUCUCCAAUACUUUAGAAAGAUAAAACUAUAGCUCACAAGCGUAGUGCAAGCUAUGAGUUUUACAAUGAACUGGAAAAACUAGUAUUGGGGGUUUAAAAUGAAACAUAACCGAAUUCAGGCAGCCAAAAGAGUAUAGAGUUCCAAAAAAUCUAGCAAUAUAUAAUGUACCUUGGCAUGGAACUUUCGAGGCAUAAUCCCUCAGAGUGGAACGAGUUUAUGACUGCUUGCAUUGGUAUCAAUUGA